AUGGUCAUGGCUUCCUCUGUUUCUCGAGGAGGAAGAGGGUUUGUUGAAGUGAGAGACUUUGGAGUUCCUGAUACUGUAAAGUCCAUUUCUUGGUGCGGUGAAAACAUUUGCUUAGGGAUUAGGAAAGAGUAUGUGAUACUUAACACUGCUAAUGGGACACUCUCUGAGGUGUUUCCUUCUGGUAGAGUUUCUCCUCCUCUUGUGACUUCUCUACCUUCUGGUGAACUUCUCUUGGGGAAGGUGAAUCUUGGUGUAGCAUCUGCCUUGAGGUGUUCUACUUCAGACAGAGAGGAUUUGCUGGUCAGAGGCUCCAAAAGCUACUUCAGACAGAGAGGAUUUGCCUUGUUGCCACGGCGAGUUGAGGUUCGCUUGCUACGAAGCCCCUAUCCUUUAAUACAGACUGUUCUCCAAAAUAUUCGGCACCUUGUCAAGAGUAACAAUGCUGUGAUUGUUGGUUUGGAUAACUCUGUUCAUGUUCUCUUUCCUGUUUCUAUUGGUGCCCAGAUUGUACAGUUAACAGCUGCUGGAAACUUUGAGGAAGCCUUAGCUCUAUGCAAGUCACUCCCUCCUGAAGACUCAAGCCUAAGAGCCGCGAAAGAGAGUUCUAUUCAUACAAGAUUCGCUCAUUAUCUUUUUGAGAACGGGAGCUAUGAGGAAGCCAUGGAACACUUCCUGGCAUCUCAAGUAGACAUCACACAUGUACUUUCCAUGUACCCAUCCAUUAUUCUUCCUAAAACAACAAUGAUUCCUGAACCAGAUAAGAAUGUGGACAUCUCUGGGGAUGAAGCUGCUCUGUCUAGAGGCUCAUCCGGCUUUUCGGAUGACAUGGAGUCUUCCUCUCCUCGAUAUUUAUUCGAAUCUGAAGGCAAUGCAGCUCUUGAAUCUAAGAAAAUGAGUCACAACACUCUGAUGGCUCUUAUAAAGUACUUGCAGAAGAGGAGACCUGGUAUGAUAGAGAAGGCUACUUCUGAAGGAACAGAAGAGGUUAUUUCAGAUGCUGUUGGCAAGUCUAAGAAGUCCAACAGGGGACGUGGUGUGAGUCCGCUUAACUCAGGUGCCAGGGAGAUGGCAGCAACCCUUGACACAGCUCUUCUGCAAGCACUUCUACACACUGGCCAGUCCGGAGCUGCUGUAGAUUUAUUAAAGGGUGUUAACUACUGUGACGUAAACAUCUGUGAGGAGAUUCUCAUGACAAGUAAAAAUUACCCUGCACAGUUGGAAUUGUUCAAGAGCAAUUCGAUGCACCAUGAAGCCCUUAAACUUCUUAAACAGCUCUUGGAAAAGUCCAAAUCAAACCAGUCACAAACUAAUGUUACGCAGAUGUUUAGUCCUGAGUUGAUCAUUGAAUAUCUCAAGCCUCUCUGCAGGACUGAUCCAAUGCUUGUGUUGGAGUACUCUAUGCUUGUCCUUGAAAGCUGUCCAACACAAACUUAUCUGGAAACAUCUCUGCAGACCUUGUCAAUUCGUAUCUGAAGCAGCAUGCUCCGAACAUGCAGGGUAGAUAUUUAGAGCUUAUGAUGGCAAUAAAUGAAACCGCAGUUUCAGGGAAUCUCCAUAACGAGAUGGUACAAAUCUACCUUUCGGAAGUGCUUGACUUGCAUGCUUCUCAAAGCGCGCAGCAGAAAUGGGAUGACAAGGAUCAUCAUCCUCCUGAAAGGAAGAAACUAUUUUCUGCGUUAGAGAGCAUCUCUGGAUAUAAUCCACAGACUUUGUUGAAGCGUCUUCCGCAUGAUGCUCUCUUUGAAGAGCGUGCUGUUAUAUUGGGGAAAAUGAAUCAGCAUGAGCUCGCUAUGUCGAUCUAUGUUCAUAAGCUUCAUGCACCUGAUCUGGCGCUAGCUUACUGUGAUCGUAUAUAUGAGUCCAUAUCUUAUCUACCAUCUGGAAAACCGUCGAGCAGUAUCUACCUCACACUGCUUCAAGUAUACCUGAAUCCUAAGAAAAGCGCAAAGGACUUUGCAAAGCGUAUUGUAGCUCUAGGAUCAUUCGAAAGUUCAGACACAACGAAGAUGAUGGAGUCUGUUUUGUCUUCAAAAGUUAAAGGAGGCCGGUCCAAGAAAAUUGUAGCGAUAGAAGGUGCUGAGGAGAUCCGAGCUGGUCUCAGUAGCAGCACUGACAGUGGAAGAAGCGACGUUGAUGCUGAAGAACCCUUGGAGGAAGGAAACUCCAGCGUUAUGAUAUCUGAGAGUUCUUGAUCUGUUGAGCCAAAGGUGGGAGAGGAUCAAUGGUGCGCAUGCUCUUAAGAUUUUACCUAGAGAAACUAAACUCCAGAACCUGCUUCCGUUUCUUGCACCUCUUCUCAGAAAUUCAAGUGAAGCACACAGGAACUUUUCAGUUAUCAAGAGUUUGAGGCAGAGUGAAAACUUGCAGGU